UUUUUAGUGUAUUUGAAGCUUCCGUGUGCCUCCGUUGUUGUUUAUUUUGCUGUAAUAAAUAGCAUUCUUUCCCUCCUCCUAUACUUGGUCUCAUGAAACACUGCAGCAGCCCUUCCUCUGGGAGGUGUGUCAUAUUAUGCAUGAGGGUGUCUGAGAGCUGCGAGGUCUGAGAAUGCCUUGAAGUACAAAGUGCUCCGGUCAGAGCUCCUGGCUGAUGUGUGUGAUCUCCAGUCUACCAGCGGCUUCAAAGCCAGGAGUGAGAUUCUAUCACAUGAACUUUAAAAGAGUGAAGCCAAAUAUUUUCUUGUCAAACCAGAGUAGGCUAAUAAUCAAUAUAUAUGAAAUCAUGUCCACUGACCAAGGCAGCAGUACCUGUCCAAAGGUCACUAUCGUUCCACCCUUUUUCAAAAGCAGCACAACUGAACUGAUUGAUCAGAAGGAAUCUGAUGAAGAGGCUCAGGGAAUAAAUGGAAAAACGCCAGCAAAACACACAGCUGCAAGUCCAAAGCCACAAGUGCCUCCAAAGCCAUUACAUCUGCAGAAUUCACCUUUGUCCAGUAUACACCAAACCCCUAAGCAUAAAGCUUUAUCUAGUGCAGCACCCAGGAUGGAGGAAGUUAAACCUGUCUCUGCUUCUUGUGUCUCAAAAGAAAAAUCCAGUAAAAUAUCAGAUCUCAUCAGUCGCUUUGAAGGAGGCAGCGCAUUAUCAAGUUACGGCGAUGUGAAGAAGAAUUCAGCUAUGAACCUAAAUGCUCCUAGGACCCCGGGAAGGUAUGGAUUGACAACCACACCUCAGCAAAAACUGUCCGCCCAGCACCCACCACAGAAGCCGGGAAAUGCUCCAGGUCCAACUCAGGGAGUACAGACUUGUGUUGCUAACGGUGUAAUGGAGGCACAACACCAGGUGGAGUGCGUGGAGGAAAACAUGGCCACUGUUAGCCCAGAUACUCCUAUUCAAACUGCUGAACCCUUGCCUGAUACGACCUUAGUGAAUGGAGCGGGAGACGAAAGUACUGCGGGCCCCACCUCACCCACAACAAAUGACUCUGAUGAAAAUGCUUCUGACAGUAGCUGCAGGACUCUGAGUGUGGACCCAGCCCUCCCCCUGGAAGAAGGAAGGGCAGACACAGAAGCCGAGGCCCGGGAGAGGGAAAAUGGAGAAAGCCCUCUGGAACUAGAACAGCUGGACCAGCCCCAGGAGAUGAAGGAAACAAAUGAACAAAAACUUCACAACAUAGCCAACGAACUUUUGCUUACAGAAAGAGCUUACGUUAACCGACUUGACCUCUUAGAUCAGGUAUUUUAUUGCAAACUAUUGGAAGAGGCAAAUCGAGGCUCUUUUCCAGCAGAGAUGGUGAAUAAAAUCUUUUCUAAUAUUUCAUCAAUAAAUGCCUUCCAUAGUAAAUUCCUGUUGCCAGAACUGGAGAAGCGAAUGCAAGAAUGGGAAACUACCCCUAGAAUUGGUGACAUCCUUCAGAAACUGGCACCAUUCCUUAAGAUGUAUGGAGAGUAUGUGAAGGGAUUUGAUAACGCAAUGGAAUUGGUUAAAAACAUGACAGAGCGUAUUCCCCAGUUCAAGUCAGUGGUUGAAGAAAUUCAGAAACAGAAGAUCUGUGGAAGCUUGACCUUGCAGCACCACAUGCUAGAGCCCGUGCAGCGGAUUCCCCGGUAUGAGAUGCUCCUUAAGGACUACCUGCGGAAGUUACCCCCUGACUCUCCAGACUGGAACGAUGCUAAAAAAUCCCUUGAAAUUAUAUCUACAGCAGCAAGCCAUUCUAAUAGUGCAAUAAGAAAAAUGGAUAACCUAAAGAAACUCUUAGAGAUUUAUGAAAUGUUGGGAGAAGAGGAAGACAUUGUAAAUCCUUCCAAUGAACUAAUAAAAGAGGGACAGAUCCUUAAACUAGCUGCUCGGAACACAUCAGCACAGGAACGCUACCUUUUCUUAUUCAACAACAUGUUGCUGUACUGUGUGCCAAAAUUCAGUUUGGUGGGCUCUAAGUUCACAGUUCGAACCAGGGUUGGCAUCGAUGGGAUGCAAAUUGUAGAGACUCACAAUGAGGAAUAUCCACACACUUUCCAGGUAUCUGGGAAAGAGAGAACACUGGAAUUGCAAGCCAGUUCUGAACAAGACAAAGAAGAAUGGAUCAAGGCCCUUCAAGAGACUAUCGACGCUUUCCAUCAGAGGCAUGAAACCUUCAGAAAUGCAAUUGCAAAGGAUAAUGACAUUCAGUCAGAGGUUUCUAAUGCCGAGCUAGGGAAAAGAGCCCCAAGAUGGAUCCGAGAUAAUGAAGUAACGAUGUGUAUGCAAUGCAAAGAGCCUUUCAAUGCACUGACAAGGAGAAGGCAUCACUGUCGAGCAUGUGGACAUGUGGUUUGUUGGAAGUGUUCUGAUUACAAAGCUCAACUGGAGUAUGAUGGUGGUAAACUGAGCAAAGUUUGUAAAGACUGUUACCAAAUAAUAAGUGGAUUCGCAGAGAGUGAAGAAAAGAAAAGAAAAGGAAUUUUAGAGAUUGAAUCAGCAGAAGUAUCUGGAAACAGCAUUGUAUGCAGCUUUCUUCAGUAUAUGGAAAAGUCAAAACCUUGGCAGAAAGCUUGGUGUGUGAUCCCCAAACAAGACCCUCUUGUGCUGUACAUGUACGGUGCCCCCCAGGAUGUCAGAGCCCAGGCCACCAUUCCACUCCUGGGCUAUAUCGUGGACGACAUGCCGAGGAGUGCGGACCUGCCACACAGUUUCAAACUGACCCAGUCCAAGUCUGUGCACAGCUUUGCUGCGGACAGUGAGGAACUGAAACAGAAGUGGCUGAAAAUCAUCCUCCUAGCUGUCACAGGUGAGACACUAGAGGGUCCUAACCAGCACUCAGCUACCUUGGACUGUCAUCCUGAACCUAAAUAAAAAUCAGAAUGCUGAACUCCAGGACCAGCCACAGCGCGGGGGUCUCAAGAUUCACGGCUCAAGACAUUCCCAGCUCUUCUUAUUCAUCUCUUAGCACUUUAUGUUGAAAAGUAUAGGCUCAUAAAUGUACCUGGUAGGGGACUAUUUUCGUAUGUUUGUGGACUCUUGGUGAAGUUACUGUGCAGAGCCAUUCUACCGAUAAAAGUUGGAAAUAAUGUGAAAAAUUGAGCAUUUUUAAAUGAGCUAUUCCUUGAAUAUGUACUUUUGUCUUGGAGAAAAUGGUUAUCAAUUGAUUAUAUCACUAUCAGGUUAGAAUAGACCACUUUCACUUAAAUGUUUUAAUGUAUUCUCUUUCACUUGUAGGACUUGUAACAGUUUGAAAGAUAUACCUCCAUGUUGCCAAAAUAGUUCCAUGGUUAAAAAAAAAAUUACAAGGACGACAGUUUAGGCUAUUGUAUUAACUUAUUUAAUUUAGUUUAUGAAGCUCAUGCUGCAUAAAUAACGUAUGUCCUUUUAAAACAAAAGAGAAUGGACAUAUUGUUGGUGUUCAAACUUUCAACUUAUUAAUGAAAGAUAAUACUUGUUUUUGUAGAAAUACUCCUAAAAAUGAAAUAUGUUAAGUAUAUAGGAAUUAUGUAUAUAUAGUAUUAAAUAUAAAUAUAUAUCUAUAUACUCUACAUGCCUUUAUCUUCAGCUUUAGGUUCAUAUUUGUCUCUAAUUUAUUUUUAAACUAUAAAGCAUGUUUUAUCUUGGAAUUGGACAGUGUUCUAAACUUAAAUGUUUUUGGUGAUUUAUGUUUAACUGAUUGACAUCUAAGGGUAUUGAUAUUUUUAUAAUAAGAAAAAGCCGUAAUUUAUGUGGCAUGGGAUAUAUUAGUGAAUUCCAACCGUAUUUUUAAAGUACUAUUUUUUUUUUGUUCUGUGCCUAUUUAAAACAGUGCCUCUCUUUGAAGGUGCUAAUAAUUUCUAUUUAAAUCUAAGGUGAGGGUUUCACUAAUGCUCCAGUCUUGCUUAUUCUGAUAUAAAGUGCAUUUUGGUCACCGAGAUGGUCAAAGUUAUACAGGUUGUUUUUCCUUUUACGAUCUUCUGAUUGUUACAGCAGUUAAUAUCAGCACGUACAAAAAUUUCCACAAGAACCUGAAUUGUACAAGGUACCUGACCUUAUACCCAACUGGGACAUCAGGAAACUGCAUUUACUGCACUGUUUUUCUUUUCCAUCAGACUGUUAUGCAUGGUUAAAUGAGGACCAUAUAUAAUUAAUACUUAAGAUAACUUUGUGGGCCUGUUCCUUUGUCAGAUAUGAAACAAAAGUCACGUGAUAACCUAUGUCGGAGAGGGCUGGAUAGAUAUUAAAGGAAGUUUAUGCUCAACUCUUUAAACCUCCCCACUAAAGAAGAGGGGGGCACAAUACUGAAAAACAAUGUUUUAAUGGUAGGUUUUGGGGAGGUACAAGAUCAUUGACAAGAGUCUGAGCAUUCUUUUCUCAUUUAUCCUUUUGGGGAAUCUUAAUAGACAAAAUAUAACUCCUUGUGACAAAGGCUUCUCUCCCUUAUAUUGUAAUUAUGAUUAAAAUAUCACAUUAAGUUGGCUAAUUAACUUAAUUAUUUUCUCAAAUUAGAUCUGGGUUGUUCUUCUCAUUUACCCUGUUAUGCCCCCAAAUGUCGUCACUUUUAAUGCAUCGUCUAGAAAUCCACAGAAUGACCUCACUAUCCUCUGCCCUUGGGGAUUACACCCUAAAUGUGAAUAGAUUCGCUCAGAAUUCGAGAUUCUCACUCAUCUAUUUAGGCCCUCUUAAGAAAAUUUGAAAUAGCUCCUAUUUUUCUGCAAAGGAGCAGAUAAACUACUUAUGGCUGACAUGAUCUGGUUGCCUUCCUGCAUAAAAGGAAUACCAGCCAUGAUCAUUUACAUUAAACCAAAUACUUGGAGCCAAAAAGAGAUAAAGGUAACUUCUUCCUAUUAAAUCAGGGACAGACUAAGAAAUAUUUUACAUUGCUUCUCUUUUCUAGUUGCCGAGCGUGUGUGUGUGUGUGUGUGUGUGUACAACAUGUGUGUUCAUGGGUGGUUAUUGAGGUUAAACUAAAGCUAUAGAUGAUACGUUGGUUUUCUUAAUCUCAAGAAGAGAGAAGCAAUAAAAAUGUAGAAUGAUUAUCAGGGAAAGGUGACUUUUGUAAAUGUGGAUAGAACAAUGGAAAUGGAAGGACCAAUUAGAAGAUUUAUGGGGGCAGAUUAUUUUUGAAAACUGUUUUGACCAGCAAGAAGACCAUACUUUCCCUUUCAGUGAGUUCUCCUGGAGUGGAAGUAACAUAGACAAGUUUUGGCUCAAUAAAUAUCCAUGUUAUUUAAUUGAGAUGAUUGAAAGAAUACUCAUGAAGGGAAUAUUUAUUAUCAUGCUCUUAAUACUAUCUUUAAUUUGAUCAAAAAAAUGAGAAAUCUUAUUUUAAGAAGAGAACUUCUGAUUCUCGUCACCGUCUUCACAUCCCACCCCAUGUCCUUUAGCCAAGCAACAAAGCAGCCUCACCUGUUUUUUGUUUUCUGUUUUAAAUUAAAGAAUCACUAAUGCUUUUACUUGGAGAAAGGCUGAGGAAUAUGCUUAGUCAGCUAUUUAGCAAAGACUCAACUAAACCAAAAGACCUCACAGUAUGACUAGUUACAAGAAUAAUCUACAUCUUUUGCUUUCUGAGGCACCUGAGCAGCCGUGACAGAUUGGAACCUAAGAAAGUAAUUGGUUGCUUUCCUGUUAAACCCGACAUUCCAUAUGGGUCUUACAAUUUAUUUUCUCUAAUUAGGUGCUUUCCAAGUCAUCUUUUCUUUAAAGUGCCCUCCUCCAAACUGAAAAAUUUACUACUUUGCUAAAAACUGCUCUUCAUUAUAAAACAUUCCAUUUUUUUUUUUAAACUUAAAUUUUGCUUUAUUGAAAGUCUACCAUUUGGGGUAUUAAGUAUAAAAUAUAGUGCAGACUGAUCUCCAGGUUUUCAGUGGGACUCAAUAAUGACAAAUGCCACCAGCCACUUUUGUAAUAAUGGCAUCUACAAUGCUAUCAUGUAUGCAAGCAAUAAAACUCUUCAGGGUAUGUUUUUAUACUGAAAUUUUAGCAUGAAUGCCCCUAGCCACAUACAUAGAGAAUUAACUGCUAGAAGUGAUGAUGUAACUCAUUGCUCAGUAUCAGGAAGAGAAAGUGAUGUGUGGGGGGGAGGGACAUUAUUCCUUGGAUUCAAAGAACUAUCAAAACCAUUUUACUUUUGCAAAGGGUAUGGAUGGUGAAACAAUUAAAGCACAUCUGCGCUACUUUAUCAAGCAACAUUCAUUUUUCAUGAAGUUUAAUAACAUACAGGUUGGUAUACUUACCUUCACUGGGUGACCUACCCCCAUUUUUAAAAACACUCCAAUUUUUAAAAAUUACCAAACUUUUUUUAAGAACUAGCCUUUUAAAUGUACCCUGUCCCCAUCUGUAGAUAAACAUUGGAUUUUUUUUUUUUUUUUUAAGAAUACUUGCUGUAGUCCUAAAUAUAUAAAAAUAAGUACAAACUUCAUAGUACUGCAGGGUUGUUAAGGAUUCAUCGAUGCCUUCUAAAAACCUUACGUCAAAAAUACUUCCGCGAGCUCACGAGUACGCUUUACUUCUUGUCUACUUUGUGGAGCAGGGUGUUUUAGUCCCUUUAAAUUUUAGAUAUUAUUUCUGGUUCUAUUCAAAGCCUUAAGUUCUUAUUCUGAGCAUACUGUCUGUGAUAACUCUGAUAAUGAUCUUUCUGGGCUGGAUCCAUCCUGAGGAAAGGCACCAACGGGAGCAAGCAAACUUCUAGGGAAAAAGGUCUUAUUUUUUGCGGUUAUCCUUGCUAUGGUGCAGAACAGAAGAUUAAUUAAAAUUUCCUACAUCACAUGAUGUUUGUGUUAGCGGGUCUAAGAGUAAGCACAUGGUAUUUAUAAGCUAAAAUUAAUUCAGAAUACAAGAAUGUCUUAAUGUUUUCGUUCUUAAAUUUUGUAUUCUUCAAGAAUGUAUUAAUAUGAAAACUAUGGCUAAACAGUUCUGACUCUUAGGACUGUAUUGACAUCGUAGUGAACCAUGUUAUUUCUUUAGUCUUAUCCAGUUUUAAUUGAAUCAAAUUUUGCUUUUUAUUUUCAUAUUACUAUCUACUAGACUCUCCAGAUUUGGAAAAUAUGGGUAUGACAUAUAAAGACCACUAGAUCUACUUUUAAAACCCUUUCUGUGAAUUUCUGAUUAUAUGUAUAUAUGUAAAAAUACUGUUGAUUUCCAAUUCUGUUUUUUCAUAAGAAUGAAAUUUUUAUACAAACUGUUGUUUUUAGUUUAAAUAUUUUAACAUAAAUUAUUCACAUGGGUUUUUAGUAUAAUUCAUUCUUAUUUAUGCCCGUGAUCAUGUCAUGAGAUGAAAACUUUGCUUUCUUUACUGAUACAGUAGGAGGAAUAAAAUUAGGAACUGAAACAAGCAGUAAUGAGCAGAGAGGUGGACAGAAAGAGACUGCUCAUCUCCAGAUCAGAGCAGUGUGUGUUAAAAGAAAAAUACUUACACUGCAGAAGGGAUAGAAACUAUAAGAUAUAAAUCUACAUAAUUGCAUACUGUUGGGAUUUAUUGCACCCAGGCCUUUCACCUUGGCCUCUAAAUUGUAUCAUUAGUCUCUUGUCAUUACUUUCUUUUUCCUUUAGGCUUUAAAAGAAAUAAUUUCAUUCUAUUGUGCCAUUUUCGGCACUAUUUACUGAAGUAAAAUAUCCCUCUGAAGUCCAUCAUGGUCUGUUGCUUUCUGGACUGAACAUUUGGCAAAAUGUAGUGUCUUUUCUGUGUUUUGAGAUGAAAUAGCACAUGACUUCCGCAAAGAUUGUUUUUGACUUGCUGGGGUCACUGAGUUACAUAAUGGUCAUCCCUUUCUAAAAUUCAUUAUAGAUUAAAUUAGUGAGAUUAGGUAGAUUUAGUGAUAAAUUAAAUCAAGAAAUCUCAUUGUAGCAUAUUUUAAUAAGUGAAUACCAAAUACAUAGAGUGAUAUAUAUGUAGGUUUGGGGAGAAACAUAAUAUUCUGUAGAGACCAUUAUAAUAGAUUGCAUUAUAUAUAUCACAUUAUAUGGAUGUUGGAAUGUAUCACUUCCGGGGGGAGGGGGGUCUCCCUUCAUUAGCAAUCAUGUCUGUAUAUAAAACUGUCUUUUGUUUUUAUUUUACCAAACUAGCAUUUCAUUUCGUGAGUGACAGUUGACUGAUAUUUUUGAAAGUGUUAUCUGGGUUUUGAAUUGUUGACUGAUCAGUUUGAAAAGGUAUGUUAUCAGAAUUUUAGAGUUAACUCAAAUGUGAAAAAGUGUACACAAAGGUAAUUUUUCUUUUCUAGCUAUAUGAAUGUGAAAUACUUGCAGAUAGUGUAUAUAUUGUGUAACAUAUGUAUAUUUGGUCAUAAAGGCAGAGAAUCAGAAGCAUUGUAAAAUUAAGCACUUUAAUUCCUAUUAAAUAUUAAACAUUUGUAUCUUGUAAAUAAAUACAUCCUUAAAUGAA